GCAGUCAUGUCAGCAGGUAACAAACCUCCACCAGCCUGACAGAACAGCAGUGGACAUGAGAGGAUACCGAGCCAUCAAAUACACUUUAUUCAUUUUCUGCUACUUCUUCUGGGUUGUGAGCGCCAUCCUCAUAGCGGUGGGGAUCUACGCCAAGAUCGCCAAAGAGAAAGAUGUGGUCGAUACCUUGACUUUGGAUCCAGCUCUGCUGUUGAUCAUCGUCGGCUCCGUGAUGUUCCUAAUCACGUUCCUGGGAUGUUUCGGGGCGAUCCGUAACGCCACCUGCCUUCUGAAGACGUUUCUGGCUAUCCUAGUGAUCAUCUUCCUGCUGCAGAUUGCAGCUGGAGUCGUGGGAUACCUCUUCACGGACAUGGUGAUGGAGAGAACAGAGAAGCUGAUGAUGAAGGCCAUUGUCCAGUACAGAGAGGACCAGGACCUGGAGAACGCUAUCGACUUUAUCCAGAAGAAGUUCCAGUGCUGUGGAGUCGAGAGCUACAAGGACUGGUCCCAUAAUGUAUACUUUGAGUGUUCAGACACCAACCCUAGUCUGGAGGCCUGUGGGGUUCCCUUCUCCUGCUGCCUUCACCUGCAGAACCAGACUGUGCUCAACACCAUGUGUGGUUAUGGCAUGCAGCAGCAGGAGGAGUCUUCGGCCAGCCAGGACGUCUUCACCAUCGGCUGCCUGGAGAAGAUCGUGUCGUGGGCGAAGAACAACCUGCUGCUGGUGGCUGGUCUGACCGGUGGCUUGCUGCUGCUCGAGGUCUGCAUGAUAUCUCUGGCUGCCGCUCAGAUCUCCUGGAUAAAGAAAGUCCAACGACGACAGGAAGAAAACGCAGCUGGGAGCAGGUCGGUCAGGAAGGACAGCUUCUGGUAUCCUGCUUUUGCAGACUUUGAUGAUGAGUGAAUCUGCUGCUGAGAGAUCUACAGAAGAUCAGAAACAGAUUUGAAUGUUGAUAAAAUAGAGUGACACUGUGAAUCUAUAGGUUUAGAUCUGGAUCUGAUGCUCAUAUGGUCAGUGAACAGGCUGAUGUCUUGUCCCUGGUUGAACUGCUACCUCAAGUAAAACCCUCUUCACAUUGUAUUUCUUUUAUACAUAAAAAAGUGAGUAAAUCUAAAAGACAGUUCUGUCACUGAUACAUGGCAUUAAUCCAUCUUUCUGCUGCACACUGGCUGCUUAGCCACUAUUUUGCAUUUGCAAUUCGUCACACUGAUUACAAGUUUUGAGCAUCAAUUAUUGCAAGUUUUUAAAAUAUAUUUAAUUUCAAUUUGAAGUUUUUCUGUUGCCAAGGGGUCAUGUUCUUGUUGUGUUUGUUGGGGAUGGUGGCUAUAAGCUGCAGAUAAGAAUCCACUGGAGAACCGAGACCCAUUUGUGCAGUUUCACAGCUGCAAACAAUAUUAUUCACUGCAUCUCUACUGAGGAAACCAGCCUGUGUUUGACAAAAAACACCUGAUGUCAUGACACGUCAUUAAACAUUUGUGAGUAUUCAUCUCUCAAAAUGUGUAUCGUCCCUCCUUACUGAAUAUUAAAUGUGUUUUCUACACUGAAUAUACGCAUGAAAAUGAAGUUUGUGCUAAAUGUUAAGAAGCAACUGUGAAUAAAUAUAUACAAAAUUUUAAA